CUGGAAACUCGGACGCUCAGCUGCAAGUGCCCUCCUGUUGGAUGCAUGGCUGCCCAACUGGCGCUGUGCAACGAGGUCAGGGCGAUUCCCCCCUUCGCUGGAGACAUGAGAAAAGAACAACCUUCAAUUAAGAACUUCUGGGCUGCUCCCAGCAUCUCAACCCACUGUUGUAAGCUCCCAUCAUCUGUGUGAUCACCGUGGAAUCGUGGCUGUUGGUCUUCCAACACGUUCAUGCCCGACCAAAAAUAUCCGACCUCUCAUCAAUAAUCUCUUCCUGAAGAGCCGGUACGGUAGGAUUCAAAAAAAAUGAGUGAUUCAAACACCAUGAAAUCUACAACCGACACACCGGCCGUCAGACCAUUCACCUACGACUCGGCACCACUCGACAAAUCCAAACCCGAGAUACGCCGUCUCGAACUCUUCCCCUCACCAGACCGCUCGGCACCCCUGACUGGCCAUAUUCUUGUAUCGACCCUCCCAACAACGCCUGGGCGCGGACACACGCAAUCCACGGCCACUGACUCGCUGUCGUAUACAGCGCUGUCGUACACAUGGGGUAAGGAUCCCACGACAACCCAUUCCAUCUUUGUCGUUGGGUCCAAGAUCGCGCAUGGAAACCAAGCGAAACAGCCGGAGCUGGUGAAUGUGCAGAGCAGACUGGCCAUCACCAAAAAUUUGCACAUUACUCUGGUACACCUCAGGGACGAAAGGGAGAAGGUCGUGCUGUGGAUCGAUCAGGUUUGCAUCAAUCAGGAGGAUGGUACCGAGAAGGGGGCUCAGGUACAAUUAAUGGGACGCAUCUACGCAGAAGCCAGGCAAGUCCUCGUGUGGCUUGGACCGGAAGAGGAUGGCUCUGACGAAGUAAUGGAUGCAUGGCGAGUUAUUGGACAAGAUGCUCGCAACCUAGAAAUGGAGAAGUACUACACCCUGGAGAAGUGGCCUGCAUUAUCCAAGAUGAUAUACGACCCCGACCUUGAGGAUGCCCUCACCCAGGAAUACCAGAAUAUGUUGGAACGCGCUAUGAACGUGUUAAUACCGCUUAUACGAGAUGGUCGCUUGUGGAAGUGGUUCUGCCGGCCGUGGUUUGGGCGUGCCUGGGUGGUGCAGGAAUUCUGUUUGUGCGACAACACGAUUCUGGUGUGCGGGAAGAAGAGGCUUGAUCCCAAGCUCGUUUUUCUCGCCCAACAAAUCCAUGGCUUUUCCAUUGGACGGUUCGGGUCGAAAACAUACCUUCAGAGGGGCGUUUCAAUGGAGCAGUUGAACGAACUCUCGGGAGAGCCGACGUCGAGCCUGUUUACCUGUCGUCAAAGGCGGCGCAACUUUGACAGGGCGGCCAGGGCCCAAGACGAGCCACGACAUGGAGCUGAAGGCGAGCCACGACAUGGAGCUGAAGGCGAGCCACGACAUGGAGCUAAAGGCGAGUCACGAUCUGGAGCUAGGGGCGACCAACUGCACGCAUUGCUCAAGAAGUUGUACGUGGAGCAUAGUGUCGAGGCCACGGAGCACAGGGACAGAAUCUACUCGCUACUGGCUCUCGCGGUGGAUACCAACGGGGAGAAUGCGCUGGACAUCAGGCCCGAUUACACCGACAUGGGAAACGACGAGAAAACGGCACGCAUCCUGACUGACGCAGCCCGGCAAAUGAUUACCCAUCCCACCAGCGGAAGGAUCGACAUUCUGUGUUGCACCCAGUUUCCCAAGACUCCCGGCCGGGACGGCCGUCUGGCUGACUAUCUGCCCUCCUGGGUCCCGGACUGGCGGAGCAACCUGCAGGGCCCAUACUACAAGAUCAACGAGACGACAGAGACACACACCUUUGCCGCUUGCGGCGACUAUCUGGACGUCCAGCCGGUUUUCUCUGCUGACCCGCGGGCGCUUGGACUUCGGGGUUUCAUCGUGGACGUAAUCGAAAUGGUCUCCCAAAGCGAGCCCCUAGCAUGGACCGGCGACUUCGACGCGGCUAUUAUUCUCGAUUAUUUCUCCUGGAUCAACACCUUUGUCGAUAUCUCCCUGGCAAAAGCCACGCCAGAAGCAGAGGGAGCAUAUCCGAGCAGAGAGCGCAUGGCGGAAGCCCGUUGGCGCGUACCCAUUGCUGAUUUGUACGGGUCUCGUGGCAACUGGUCUAAGGGCUCAUAUAUGAGUAGGGCCCCCCCCAAAGCUGAACAAUACCACAAGCAAGCUGUGGAGGCCCUCCAGUUCAUUUUGGAGUGCGCCACGCUAAGUAUCGAGGAGCAGAGCACGAGGUUUGCCGAGUUUGGGUGGGAGGAAAAAUCUGGAAAUCAGCAAACUGGGGCAGAUUAUCGACACAGCCUGAGUAAUGCCACAAACAAGAGGCCGUUUCUAACACAAAACGGCCAUGUAGGGAUCGCUUCCGGCGAGACGAAAGCUGGGGACAUGGUGGUUAUCUUUUGCGGCGGUCGUAUUCCAUUCAUCCUGCGCCCGCUGGGCCAGCCGAAGGAUAAGUUUGCUUUCAUUGGGGAGGCUUAUUGUGAUGGGAUUAUGGAUGGUGAAUUUGCGAGAGAGGGAAGACUGCAAGAUCUCUUCUUGUUUUGAUCAACAGUCGGUGUAUGGACUUCCGUGUUUGUUCUCCCCUUUCGUGCCCUGUUUUGCUUUCGCCUUUCUUUGUCCGUUUUCCCUUUCCCUUGCUAGAGGUGGCCGGGUUUUAUCUUUCUGGCUUUUCGCGUGCCAUUGAUAUUCAGGUCCUGUAUUGAAGGUAGUUCGCAGCUUUCAGAUUUCUUAGCUUCAUUGGAAUGAAAUGGCGGGGCUUCCAGAAUUCACA